AUGGCGGACACCAGUGCAUCGGCGGAGGCGGAGGCUAGGAGCAUCCUUGAACGCGCCGCGGAGUCUUCCUUCCCGCCGCUGCACGCCGUCCACCACCUCCUUUCCGUCGGGGUCUGUGUGCGUUGCAUCUUGCGCCUGCUUGGAGCCUAUAGCAGUGCUUGCUCACAUGCAUCUCUUACGGCAUCAGCUUUGCAUUCCUUUCUCGAAGUACACGAUGAUUCCAUAAAAGGAGGGUCCUGUCCAUGUCUAUCAAUGAAUGAUGCAUAUUGCUCUGUCUGCUUGGGAGUAUUGCUGCCAGCCUUCCAUCGAGAUAAAGGUCUAGAAACACCUAAUGGCAUUUCUCAUAUUGACAACAUCUCUUCAAUGAUGUCUCAGGUAGUGCAAAGGGAGGGUUACCAAGUUGACGAGUUUUCUCUAGAAAUUUCACUACCGCCGGUUAUAGCCGCUAAUGAGCGUGCAAUUAGAUUAUAUAUGAAACAAAAAUAUGUCAAUGAGAAUUGGUUCAAGGACAAAAUGUUUCCACAACAAACAAUUUCAGUGAAGGAAGCCUUGCGACUUUUGAUAGCACCAUCACUCGAGAAACUAAUGAAUGCUAAACAUGGUAACAAUUCAUUUAGAAUUCGCUUAGCAUAUAAUCAUGGUGAUGCUUCACAAAAGCUUCAUAGUUUACUGCCGAAUGAGCAUAGCCGUAAAAGGAAAACAGAUUCAAGAAAUGGAGGUGAUACUUCAAAUGAGGCCCAUAAAAGGAAUUCAGCAGAUGGCAACAAUAAACAAACAAGUGAAUCAGAUUCAUUCAUCUACAAGACUCUUGAGGGCAUCCAAGAUCAAGACUUCUGUAAUGUAUUUCAAUUGCCUCCUGAAAAGGUGUUCAAACCCUGCCAUCUUGUAAUAUCAUGCUUGAGAUCACCUAUAUAUCUUGGUGGAAGAUAUUUGAAGCUUUCAAGGAACGUCAGUCAGUCAUGUUGGAUAAUAGAUGAUGAGAGAAUGGGUGAAGCUUCAGUUGAGGAGAUAGUUGGGGAGAAUGUUCGUGCCAUCUGCAGAGGUGAUAGCUGCAAGUUCCAUGCUGCUGGGAGAGAAGACAUUGAUGUACGGAUGCUUGGAUCUGGUCGUCCAUUUCUAGUUGAAGUAUUGAAUGUUCGAUCCAUUCCAUCUGAAACUGAAGUUCAACAAAUUGAAGAGAGAAUUAACAACUCUGAAAAGAAAUAUGUCAGAGUUCGAAAUCUCAAGUUAGUAGGUAAUGAAAUAUGGACCAUGAUGCGUGAAGGAGAAGCAGAGAAACAGAAGCAGUAUACUGCCCUUAUAUGGACUUCUCGUAAUCUGACAGAUGAUGAUCUGCAUAAUAUUUCUAUUACAAAGGAUAUGGAAAUUGUACAGAAGACCCCAAUAAGAGUACUUCAUCGUAGAAGCCCAUUAGAGCGGAAGCGCAUUAUACACUGGAUGGAGAUUGAGAAAGUCACAGGCAGCUCAAGCUACUACUUGCUGCAUCUAUGCACACAGGCUGGAACAUACAUCAAGGAAUUUGUGCAUGGUGAUCUUGGACGCACGCAUCCCAACAUCGGAGCCAUACUAGGGUGCAGAGCUGAGAUAUUGCAACUCGAUGUCACUGAUGUUAAGAUGGGCUUCCUCCAGUAG